UUAUAUAAUUUAAUAUUUCCUAGUAAUAUGUAAUGCUAUGUUGGAUCUUGUGAUAAAAAUCUAAUUAAAUCUACCCUUAUAUUUUUCAUCAGUAACUGUUCCAGUUGACAUAGCCUAAUCACGUUACAGUUGGGUUGAUCAACUUGAUAACGGCACUGUGAAAUUGUUGGUUACCAACAUCACUGAACAAAUAGCAUUGCCAAAUAUGGAAAGAACAGGAGGAAGAAUAACCUCAGCUUUAGACUGGUCUAUUAAACCUUCUGAAAGGUCAAACUAUGAAGAGAUAUUCAGUGCUUUGGGACCUGAAGACCACAAGCUAUCUGGAAAUAAAGUAAAACCUGUUAUGAUGAAUUCAAAACUCCCUUUAGAAACUUUAGGAAAAAUAUGGGAUUUAAGUGAUAUUGAUCAAGAUGGAUUUUUAGAUAAAGAUGAGUUUGUUCUGGCAAUGCAUCUAGUGUACAAAGCUGUAGAAAACGUCCCAGUUCCUCCUACUCUGCCCCCAGAUCUGAUACCUAUCUCAAAAAGAAGAAAAUCACCAUAUGGAGCCAUCCAACCACUAGUGUUACCAGAUCUUCUACCUGGGCUUGAUGGUCAAGAUUCUAGCAGUCGAUCAAGCACACCUACUGUAGAUGUUGCUUUAAAAAAUGCCACAAAUAAACCAACAACACCAUGGAUUGUUAAUGCUGCAGAAAAAACAAGAUACGAUGAAAUAUUUCGAUCUCUUGAUCAAGAUCGUGAUGGUUUUGUUCUGGGAGGAGAUGUGAAAGGUGUAUUUCUUCAGUCAGGACUUCCACAGAUUUUGUUGGCCCAUGUCUGGAAUCUUUGUGACAUAAAUUGUUCAGGAAAGUUAAAUUCUGAACAGUUUGCUCUAGCUAUGCAUAUGAUAUAUCAAAAGCUACAAGGUGGAGACAUUCCUACAGAGCUAACACCUGAUAUGGUUCCACCAUCACUUCGAUCACAACCUGAUGAUUCCAUGUCCCCUUCAAUAGGAACACCUCUGUCAACUGGCAGUAAAGAACUUAACACUUUGAUGCUAGAAGUCAGUGAAUUACAGAAGACAAAACAGCAGCUUGAAGUGGAUGUUGCUCAGAAAGAUUCACAGAUUAAAUCUCAACAAACUGAACUAAAAACCCUUGAAAAUGAGAUCAGUUCUUUGACAUUAGCUAGUAGAGAGCUAGAAAGUGAGAAAAUGGAGAUAGUAAAGCAGUUGGAUAUCUUAACUAGCCAGAGGACUUCAGUAGAAAGUAGUUUAAUUGAACUGAAGGAGAAGUUAGAAGAGGAAAACAACCAGGUGGAGGAGAUGAAAAGCCAGUUACAGGAACAAGAGAAGUCAUUAGAGGACCAAGAACUUGCUCUAAAUGAAAAAAGGCAUGAACUAAAUGAGUUGCGUCAGGAAGAGACUAGUCUUCAGAAACAAAUAACUGAUGGACAAAAUAGACUAGACUCAUUGUUUAAAACAGUCAAAAUGACACAGUCUGAAAUUGAUCAGACUAAGAAAACAAUUGAACACCUACGACAACAACAGCUAAAAAUGAAUGAAGUAAUAGCUGAGUUUCAUAUAGAAGGAUCAUUUAAUGUGAUGAACAAUGGCUGUGUUCAGGUAGCUCCUAUAAGCAUCACUGAAGUAGAUGGUCAGCAGCUGAUGGCAGAAGAAGAUCCUUUUGGUAAAUUAGAAACCUCAUUUCAUGUUGAUGAUCCUUUCAAGGCACUUAAAGAUUCUUCUAGAAAGGAGGAUGUGUCCAAAGCUGAAGAUUCCAAAGAUCAAGCAACAGCUUCAUUUCAAAAGCCACCAGAUUUAUCCAAUAAAGUGGAAGAUAUAUUUAAACAAGAAGACUUCUUCAGUGAGUUUACAGAACCUGUUAAAAAAAAUGAAGACUCAUUUGAUAGCGGCUUUAAUGGAUUUUCUAGUGAUCCUUUUGGCAACGAGGAUCCAUUUAAAGAAGAUCCUUUCAAGGACAGUGGAAUAAUAGAAUCAACUCCCUCUGAUCCUUUUGGAGGGGAUCCUUUUCAAGAGGAAUUUACUGGUAGAAAAGAUAGUAACAAGGCUGACCCGUUUGAGUGUUUUCCAAAUGAUGCUGGAACGACAGACAUCACAGAUUUGUUUGACCCAUUUGGCCUGAGCAAUACAAGUUCUUCUGUAACUGCAGAAGACAAGCAGUUUCAUGAAGAGUGUGACCCAUUUGGAACAGAUCCAUUCAGUGCUUUCUCUGGACCAGAGAGUCCUAUUCCUGCUCUUCCUCCUAGAAAAUCUAAGGCACCACCUCCCCGACCAGUAGCACCCAAACAUGGGGUUAAUGCUGCAGUUACUUCAACUGCACAAGAAAACAUUCAUAAUGAAUUUGAUGACAACUUGUUUGAUUUGACAGUGACAUCCCAAAGUGGAGACCUCAAAGGAGAUGUUUCUGACCCAUUUGAUUCAUUGUUUAGUGUUGAUGAAAAGCCUUCUGUUGGUACCAUUAAGUCGGUAGUGGAUCCAUUUGACCCAUUUGGAAUUGGAUGUGACCCAUUCUCAAACUCCACUGAUGCUCAAGAGGAAUUUGCUAAUUUUGCUGACUUUGAUAAGGUUGUGGGUGUUGCUGUCAAGCAAAAGUUUGUGGAAACACCAUCAACCACGUCACCUUCACAACCAUCCAAACCCAACCUUGACACUUUGACAGAGGAGGAGCAGCUGGCUUGGGUCACUCAAGAGAGUCUUCGAUUGGAGGAAGCUCGGCAAAGAGCAGAAGCCCAGGAGCAAGCAGAACUAGAACUUGCCCUAGCUUUGAGUAGAAAAGAGACUUAACAACUUCAUAAUUGAAUUAUUUAUAGUAUCCAUAUAAAAUUUAAAAUUAACAAAUUCUAGAUUCAGCAUCUUCAUUUGAAUAGUUGAUAAAAUGAUGUAGAGAUUAUAUAGAUACUGUGGAAGUAUCAUUUAAUGUUUUGAAAUGUUCUAAGUAAAAGGAGCAUAUGAAAAAUAGCUUAUUUUCAUUAUUUGUUUAUUUUUGCUUAGAAUUACUAUGGAGCAGUGAUAAUUCUUAAAAAUACUUGAAGCACAAUGUGAAUUAAUCCUUUCGUAAUGGUCUGUCAGUUUUAAUAGAAAUUGAAACUCUUCAAUCCUUUUGUUAGGCAGUUAAAACUAAUAUAGACUUGGAUAAGCUAGAUGUAUCUCAUUAAUCUUAAUGAAGAAAUACUUAAUUAUGGUAAAUUAAAGUUCUGUUUAAAGCAUGCUAAUGUUCUUGCUGAUAUCAAAAAGCACUGAGGCUAUUUUGUUGGUAGAACAAUUUCUUGCAAUGGUAGCUAAAGACAGAAUGAAGAGAAUAAGUAUCUAUUAACUAGAAUUAAUCAUAAUGCAGAUUAAACCAAUAAUUGGAAACAAUUUUUUAGUUAUUUGGUGAUACACUGAUAACAUGACUGAGCUAAUUUCUCAUAAGAAUACAAAAUAUAAUACAAGCAUAAAAAUGUACAGCAUAAGUAUUCAUUCAAAUACAGUACUGUACCUCUAUACCUCUAUUAUAACCUUAAUAUAAGAAGUAGACCCUAUUUUAUUACUUCUUCAGUAUUCAUUCAAAUACAUUACUGUACCUUUUACCCUUACAAUAACCUUAAUCCAAGAAAUAGACCAUAUUUUCUUACUUCUUCCUAGUCCACAUCUCUCUCCAUAUAUUCUAUAUCUUCCCCAAAUGAUAAAACUACACAGUUUUCAGGUUCUUAUUUCUCCUAGUCAGCAUACUUAGAACUCUGUCAUCCACUGUUACAUAUUACUCUUUCUGCCAGCCCUUUACUUGAAAUGUACAAUACCAUACGUGGUUAAAUGUUUUGCAUGGUACUCCUUGUGUUCAAACAUCUUUCUUCUUUGCCUGUACUAUGUUUUGCAGGGCCUUAGCUGCAUGGGAGUUUUUGCAUCGUUCAUUGUUUUCCAUGUUUUUUCAGUUAUUAAUCCAGGUUUUCACAUUAUUAAUGAAUAUUUUAUUUUUUUUACUUCUGAAAGUUAGAUUAAUAAAGAUGUUUUUUUCACAGUCUUCAAGUUUCAUAGGGUUUUCUUCAUUGUUUUUUCACCAAUCAUCUGUUAACUUUUUUUUUUAUGAUGGCUCUAAGGUCAUUUACCAGUUUUGUUGAGGAGAUUGAUUUUGAUGAAGGCAAUUGUGCUUUUGUUCUAGAAUGUUUUUGACUGUGAAUGAUUAGAUUUUCACUCCUUAAGAUUCGGUAAGGGUCCUUAUUUCUUUUGUUGUGGAAAGUUAGGCUUGGAACAUGUUUUUAUUUUAUUACACCCAUUACAUUUUGGCCAACUGAUUUUGCCUUCCAGGUGUCUGCAUUUCUCUUCUUCGCCAGAUAUAUUAUUGAAGAGUGAAGUUUUUUAACAGUGCUAAGAAGAUUCCAGAAGCCUUUCUUGUUUUGAUUUCCUGUCCAUUGUUAGUUUUGUUGUCUUAUUACUGCAGCUUUAGUGGAUAUCCAUCUUUUUCAGCAGCAGCUUUCUGCCUUAGUUGAGAAUUAAGAUGCUUUUGACACUUUCUUUUGUUUCUCAGUUGAUGUUUAUGCCAGGGUUUAUUGUUUUUCCCUCAACUGUUAUGAUAAAGCUACUUAAGUCUUUCACAUUGCAUCACAUGUCAGAUUGGCACUGGCCUAUUUUCUUAACCUUUAACUUUUUUUGUAAAUUUUCAUUAAAAGAUUAGUGGUUUCUCCCCAAUUGUUUUAUCAUGUCUACUAAUCAGAGAGGACAUCUUCAAUCCUUAGCACUUCUUGCAGCAAAGUAUUACAUUGUCUAUUCUAAGCUUGCAAACAUUUAUUUAUUUAUUCCAUACUUGGAGUCAGUCAGUAUCGUUCAAGCUGGCAGUUUCUUCUCCUAAUUAUUGGUUCAAGUUAAACAAUGUUUUUAUCAUCAUUUGACCAGUAAUCAUCUGCAUUUCACCAGGUUUGUCUUCUUGUUAUAUUCUUUCUGCAGCAGCUGGGUUUGUAUGGACAACUGUUUUAAAACUGGGGUGUGAAAGACUCCUCAUACUUUCACCAGUUAUAUUUGCAUUAUAUUCAUGUGACUUCUAGAUUUCACUUUCCCCCCUUACAUUGUGAUUCAAAAUCACCUAACCACUAAAAUAAAAUUAAUGCCUUUUAAAUGUCAUCUUUUCUCCCCCAGAGGUAGUUAAUUUUUACUUAGGGCAAUAGUAUCAUCCCAAGGAAGUUUUUGUCUGGUGGGGGUUUUACACUGCUAUGGUAUGGCAUAGUGUAGUGAAACUCCUUUAUGAUGCAUGUUUAAUGUUAGUGAAAUGCUGCAUACCUCUCAUUGUACUUUUGUUGAAUAUUCAGUCUUGAAGUGGUCUCAUAUCAUCAGUAAAAUUUAAGUCACCGUGUUCAUUAUGCAUCCUUUACCACUUUUGGAUCUCAGCUACGGUUGGUUCAGAAUAUAGAUUUCUGUUUCAACUGAUCAAAAUGGCUGUUGUGGAAUAGAUCUCUUUACGUGAAAUGUGAAUUGAAAGUUCCAAUAAAAUCCUCAUGUACCGAUGUCACUGGGACAAUCUCCAGUAUCCUGGCUAUAUGGAUCUUCAAAUACAAGAUCCUUAUCACCGCCUUCAUGAUCUUUCUUCACAAAGAAGCACAGAAUCACAAUUUCUUUCUUGCCCACAAGUAACAGAUGCCUCUGCUUUUUUUACUCUCAAUACAAAGAUUUUAGCUUAAGAGUUAUAGUAGAGGUAUAGCAUUGUAUUGUAAAUUAACAUUUGAAAAUUGAAAUCUCUACUAUAACUGGCCUGACUGUCCUCCCCACAGUUGUGGGUAUGAAUAAAAUUUGCUUACAUGUAACGUAUGGUAUUGCACAUGUCCAGGCUAGGACACACAUAAACAUUUAACACAUCAAAACAUUUAUUUUACCUCAGGGAGAUAUAGUGUAGAAUAUGUGGAGAGAGUUAUAGGUUAGAAAGAGGUGAAAAAUUUGAUAUAUUUCUUGCUGUGAAUCACGUGUCAUGGUUUAAGGGUGUAGUAAGUGUUUCUUUGAAUUUCUUUUUAACUCUGAAAUGUAUAUAUUAAUGUAAGAAAAAGAAUCAAUCAAAUCCCAGUAGUAACUGCCUGAUGAUUUCUGGUUAUAAUAAAUGGCAGUUUAAUACUAAAGGUUAAUUAUUAUACUUUUAUAGGUCAUAGAACUGACUCUCUAGUGUGCAUUAUAAAUUCUCAGUUGUCGUUAUUUAGGUAGUAUUGCACACAAGGUACUUGUCAUAUGCUCAAGUUUGAAGUUGUAAGAGGACGGUAAAACAUUAUAUAUAGCCAGAAAGAUAUUACUCGUGUUCUAAUAUAAGUUGCUAAUUUUUGAUAAUAUGCAUUUGCACUCUGUAGAGUAUAUGCUAAAAUUGAAAUGCUGCAAAUUAAAAAGUUUUAAAACAUUUGAACAUAUAUCAAUUUGAAUUUUACCACAUCUAUCCCAUAUCUGUUGAACUUUUACAUGUCAAUUAUUCUUCAUAUUAAUAUAUUUGAAACAAUUAUAGUAUUUUCGCACUUGUGUAUAAAGUUAAAAUCAUAAAUAAUAUUCAACGUUAAACUGGUACACAAUUAAAAACAUUUUAUUUAGGCCU